GGCGUGGCGUGACGACAGCACGUUCUGACAGGAAUAUCGUCCAAAUUUGGCCGCGGUUUCCUGUGUGCGCUUUCACAAACCCCAUGAUGGUGCGCUUUUCUCGCGUGUGGGAGCGGGGCUCCGUAUUUGCCGCGUUCCUCCGCCAGAAGGACUGGUCGUCCAAGUUUACCACAUUGAAGUAUUCAAGUACAAAGGCAGAACCGCGACUUCCCAGAAUGGAGUAUCAGGUAAGAUACUGUGGCUAUCAUCUGCUAGCCAAUGUGCUAGCAAGUUAACCUACUAACGUUAGCUAGCUCGUUAGUUUGACAAGUUUAUGGCUCACGUUCAACUUGAUCAACAGCUUGCUAUACAUACAAAUACAUGAUAGCCAUUUUGCAACUUCGCCAUCUAUCUAGCAAUCAUUUACCUUCAAAUCAGCAAACUAGUGUUCACGUGCAAGGAACAAAUACUAUUACAUCAGCCGAAUGUUGCUGGAUUGGACUGGCUUUGGUGGAGGGGGAACAUUAGCUAGAUAUCUGCUCUCUGCUGCAAGUUAUGAGGCAGCAUGGCGCGGAAGCGUUUUAGCAAACUUGCUACUGUUCGCUGCAUGAAUGCUUUCUGCCUUAAGUUAUUUCUGUUUGUCAACUAAAACUAAAUUCCUCCUCUGAGCAAUUGAAUAUUUUGUUAGCCUACUAAAACUAGUUAGUAUGCAAACAUAACAAACAACCCCCCCCCCCCAAAAAAAAAGUUUGUGUGCUGUGUGCACUGUUCAGACAGACUAGCUACUGCACUCACCAUACCUGCUCUACUUUCACUUACUUGCAAGCUAGCUAGCUCCACAAACGGUCUCUACUAUCUCUAGCUGGAUAGCUCAGGCUACAUGUGGCUGGUAAAGUCGUGGUGCGAGAUUAUUAACAAAGUAAAUAUAGCUACCAUGGGAAACGCAUGCAUUCAACAGGCACAGACAGUCUGCUUAAAAUCUGUUGCAUGUGAAAUUAUUUUGUUAAAUUUAAGUUUUAUUUUUUAUUUUUGUGUUAUCAUAUAGGCUUAAUGAAAUUGGCAAAGUUUUAAUUUCCCUGCAAUUCAUGGUUGUGUAUAAUAUGCUAUCCAGAGAUAUUAAAAACAUGCACCCUUAUGGUUUUUCUGGCACUGCAGGAUGCAGUGUGCACCCUCAAUACCCUGCAGACCAAUGCCUGUGCCCUGGAGCAAGUGCGUAGAGAGCGGGGUCACCCCCAACUCCAGCUCCAGGCCAUGAGGGGCUUCCUGGAGCGAGCAGGCCUGAGGGUGAAUAUAUUCUACAGCAGUGUCUACCCCUACCAUUUAUUCAGGAGUAGCUGGUUAGCUCUGUUCUGGAUUGUCAUUUGAAAUGGUCAAUUAGUGAUUCUGUCUCCUAAUCUAAAUGUUUUCCCAUUUUGAUUCAAAGGUGGAAGAACUUGACCAUCUCAAUAUCAUUCAUGUCACGGGAACGAAAGGCAAGGUGUGUGGAGCAUGGUGUGUGUGUGUAUAUGUUUAAAUCCACUAAUGUAUAAGCCCCAAGUUCGUUUAUUGUGCAAAGUUUGCCAAACAAAUGUUGUAAACAACUUGAUAUGGCAUUGUGGGAGGAAGGUUAGUAAUGUUUAGAAUUUUUAUCUUUCAGGGGUCAACGUGCGCUUUCACUGAACAGAUACUGAGACGCUAUGGUUUUCGGACAGGAUUUUACAGGUACAUAUCAUGAAGUAUCAAAACCAGAGCAGUCCUACCUACAGCAAAUUAGCUGUUGAAAAAAAAUAAAUAUCUGUUUUUGAUGCAGAGUAAGGACAUUUACUUGUGGUUACCAGCCUCGUCCAGUUAACCAAGCCAUAAUCCGUCAUCUGAUUUCCUGCUUGAAACAUUAUUCAUUAAGUUCACUGACUGCUGAGGCAACAUUCUUGUGUAGUAGUUAUAGAGCAGUGGUCACUAACCGGUCAGUCACAAUCGACUGGUCGCUCUUCAAGACAUUCCUAGUCGAUCACCAAGCAUUUCUUUAGAAAAGCCAACGAUAAAGGCUUGUGAUCAUCUUUUUUAUUUAUUGGUGUUACGCUUUUGGCAGUAGGUGCACUGUAUUCAGAAGCCCUGAGCACUGGGUAGGCAAAGUGUUCCCAUUUUGAACCAUUUAAUUUGUCUGAAAAGACAAACUCCCCUACCUGGCGGACUGGGAGAUCUCUGGCUAAAUCGAGUGCGCCUACAUGAGAAAUUGAGAAAAAUGUUUAUCAGUGAAGUUCUACUCUACUGCAAAGGUUCGCAACCAUACCCCUGUUAGGAAUUAAUAAUCCUAAAUUAUAUUUUCUGAGUCCUCAUGUUUUUGACUGUUAACACAUUGUCUUUUCUGUCGAUUGCAGUUCCCCACAUUUGGUACAAGUCAGGGAGAGGAUAAGAAUUAAUGGAAAACCAAUCGGCAAAGAACUCUUCACAAAAUAUUUCUGGCAGGUGUAUGGACGGCUGUAUGAAACUAAGGUAGUUGUGGAAAAAAGUUCCGAUUCCAAUUGUAGUGAAGGUUUGGAGUUCUGCUAUCUGUGCUCCUGGUCCUUAACCUCCAAGGAAAAGGGUGUGUCCAUAAUGUAUUGCAGAAUACAACACAUUCUCCAACCAUGACAAGUUGCUCCCUGUCUUUUCCUGUAGAGAAAAUAAUAUUUCAUUAAUAAAUUCUUCAAAUAUCUUUAAGUUGGACGUACUAAUCAAGUACCACUGUCUGAACUGGAAACCAAACGAGUUCUACUCAUGUUUCUCAAUGGUUGUUUACAAUAGCAGGGCCCUUCACAAUUUGCCUCUAACUGUAUACAUCUGGGCUUGGUCCAUGGCCUGAAUUCAGGCCACUGUACCCUGUGUAGUAUUCCUGUCUCUAGCUGUUAGAAUUGAUAAUUGAGUUUUGGGAGAAAAUGAAAAACCUCUCGUCCUAUAAUGACCAGUGCGUGUGUGUCAUGUGAUUUGGUGUAGAUGUCCCAUGCUGUAGCUGUCGCCCUUAAAUGCUGAGGUCGCGUAUCUGCUUGUUGAGAUGUUGAUGGGAUACUUCGACGCUGUUAUAGUAAUAUCCUGUUUACCUUUGACCCUUCUCAGGACACUCACGGGGGGAGCAUGCCCGCUUACUUCCGCUUCCUGACCAUCCUGGCCUUCCACGUCUUCCUGCAGGAAAAGGUAGGUCGCCAUUACCAGUGUACCACAUCUCUCAUAUCAGCUCCUGCAUUCCCAUCAUACCCCACUCUUGGUGUCCCUGUGCAGCAUUGCUGGGGUGUCUGGGGCUGCAUUCCAUUCCAAAUGGUUGCUCCCUUUCCUCUCGGUCCUUGUUAACUCCUUUACACACCUGAUAGGAUUGGAAUGAAAAAGGAGACAAGGGAGGGAACAAAAGUCUGGAAUUAAAUACUGUCCCUCAAAACGCUACAACACAUAGUGGUGACCCUUUGGUGACCUAGUGGUGGUGGUGUCAUGGCGACUAAUGAGUCACAACCUGUACUGGUUAACAUUUCUCCUGAGCUUUUUAUGGCCUAUCUGUGUCACAGGGUGGGGUGAUCAACUCUCAUCAAAUCAGGAAGUGAAUUGAAAUUCAUUUCAUGACUCAAGUCUUCUUGAGAAAAAAAAAUUGCACUUAUCAAUUCUUUCAAUUGACCUCCUGCAAUGACUGAAUAGAAAUGUGGGUUGAGCUCAGCCACCCAUAUUGUCUUGUGAUGCAGGUGGACCUGGCAGUGAUUGAGGUUGGGAUUGGUGGAGCCUACGACUGCACAAACAUAAUCAGGUAAGAAGCAUGGAGUUUGAUCGUAUGGGGUGGGAAACAAACAGGAUUUAGUUCAAUGGUCCAUAAUCACCUUUAACCUUUAACUCGAUUAGAAAUAGAUCUCUAUGAUGCUAUCGGCUGCAGCUGAGGUAACCGUUCCCUCUCAUGGAAUGCCCCUCUGCAACUCACCCUGAUUCCCCUCACUGUACCCCCUGGCCCAGUUCCAAAGACUCUAGUGACUACUGCUGCGUGCCUAAUGUCUCACUGAACACACUCGCCGAGCCCUUCCACCAUUUUGUCCUACAGUGCGACCGCAUUAACAAAGCGCGACUAUGUCUCGUCAUCCUCCCAUUUGUCAGGCGGUCCCAUUUUGCAAUGAAAGGUCUCCAUUUAUUGUUGAGAGAGAGAGAGGGCGGCAUUAGGUGCUAUUUGAAGAGGGUUGUUGAGAACAGACUUUUUUUUAAAUGAGCUAAAGACUUUCAAAAGAUGUGCGAUGUAGGCACAAGCAUUCAGGUUUGAUAUGCGUAUCUACUUCUAGUUAUCUUUGGAAUAAUUAUAAUUUUUUACGCUGGACCAAUUAUUAAUUUGACAUGCCCCUGUACUUUCCCAUGAUUGAGAUGCAAUUGUGUGCAAAUCAUUCUCGCCUGUAAGACCUCUCCGUGGUCAGAUCAGAGCUAGUGUUUCGCUAGAUGGUCACCAACACGAGACCUGGCAGAUCUGACAUCCAGUUCAUUUCUGUUCACACCCUGCACCCGUUGGUUACACUUCCAAAACAAAUAGCUAAUACAAACUAGUUAAAGGAAUACUCAGCGAUAUGACUUAGAUGCAGAAAGUAAACCACAUAUUGGGUCAACUUCUCCGCUGUUUUGGUCCUGUGGCUACCACGCUGUAACAGCGCGAAGCGAACCCGUGCAGAUACUGUGUGAGAGCGGAAUGUUGCGUCUCGCUCAUCUCUACCACGUGGCUACGUCAUUUAAAUUCUACCUUUUUAACAUGAAAUCUGAUGUAAAAUGUAAUUUAUGCGGCCUCUGCAUGCAGUAUCAUGCGGACCAUUAUCUCUUUCCAUAGCAGCUUUCCCUGCUGUAUAAACCAAGUAGCUUCGUGUGAUGAUCCAUUGAAUCCACUAUAAAGUCUGUCGUCUAUGCUCUGUAUGUCCUCCCCUGACAGGAGGCCGUGGGUGUGUGGCAUCGCCUCCCUUGGAAUAGAUCACACCUCAAUACUGGGGGACACAAUCGAGAAAAUUGCCUGGCAGAAAGGGGGUAUUUUUAAGGUUAGAUUGCAGUACAAAGUGUAACUCUUGCUUUGUCAAGGCCGCACUUUUGAUACAUUCUCUGGCGCAGGACGUUUGGUUCAGAACAGCGCCUCUAGAAUGUAACAAAGUAGUGUCCAAAUUGAUGCAUGAUAGUUUAAUGCAUGUAGUAAAACGUCAGCAAAGCCUCUGGUGCUAACAUUUGACUAUGCUGAAAUAAAUAGUAAAUUGGGAGUUACUCACGCUAUUUAAUUAUUUCUCGUGUCUCCUCAGCCAGGAGUUCCUGCCUUUACUGUGAAGCAACCAGACGGCCCUAUGACGGUUCUCAAAGAGAGAGCAAAGGAGAUUGGGGUGAGGGCCAAAAAAGAAGUCAUAAAGCACAAGAUACAACAUUGUGUCUGUAGAGUGUUGUUUGUAGAUUAUUGGCCUACAUUCAAGUAUGAACACAAUGUUUCCCCUGUAUUUAUCUAGCAGCGGCGCCCCACUUUAUUCAUUUUGGAGUAAAAUGUCCUUUUAAAAAGUCACCAGACGUGACCUCACAGUGGUUUAACAAAAAAAUUAUCCUGGGCGGGUAUAUGACAGUUUCAAAUAGCCUCGUCAAAAUUCUAUGAUCUAUGCAAGCACUAAAUUAGCAAAUAGUUUCACAACGUCUCAUUUCAGCGUAACACAAACAAUGGUGUAAUAUCUGACUGAUGUGAAUUAUGAUAGUUGAUAUCUAUCCCUCGGACUGUCCUUGAAUAACUGUCUGACUCUCUUUCUCCCACCCUGUGUCUCUUCUUCCUCCUCCUCAGUGUCCUCUCUGGGUCUGCCCAGAGCUGGAGGAGUACCCUGCCGACUCGGGACCUCUGCGUCUGGGCCUGGCCGGCCACCACCAGCGCUCCAACGCCUCCCUCGCCCUGCAGCUCAGCCACAGCUGGCUACAGAGACGCUGCCUUCCUGGUAGGUGUGUGUGUGUGUGUGAAACUGGUCUGUGGGUGGUAGGGUUAGGGAACAACCUGGGUGUAUACAGGUGUGAGAUUAUUGGACCUGGCAUGUUUUGAUUGUGUGGUGAUUUCAGGUCAUGUGUAUUGCUCUUCUCCUGUAGACCAGAGCCUCCCCUCCCCCACUGACGAGAGUAAAGGCGUGUCGCCGGCCGCUGGCUUCCAGCCAAGCCCCAUCAUGGCGAAAGGUCAGUUCAGUAGAACAACUGCCACACACUCACCUGCAAAAAAAUAUAACAGCCUUGGGUGAAGACAACGGGUGAACGCAAUCACAUUACCUGAGCAUUGAUAGGUAAGGAAAAUGCUAAAUGUUUUCUCAGAAUUUGAGGAUGGGAUGAAUUACUUAUUGCUUUAUAGCGGAGGACUAGGUGGACUGUAUGUCAAGGUCCAUGAUUCGUUCCCAGGUUUCAACACCAACUCCCGGGUUUUUCGGAACCAACCAAGCCUCCAGCGCAACUUCCUGCUUACGCCCAUCUAAUCAUUUCAGAUCUGUGGUAGAUGCUAGGGGCCCAUUUUGGUAUUCAGCAACAGUCUCUCUCUCCUCUCGGGGUGAUAGGGCUGGAGGACACCGAGUGGCCGGGGAGGACCCAGACUCUGAAGCAUGGCCCAGUCACCUACUUCCUGGACGGGGCCCACACCACCCGCAGCAUGCUGGCCUGUGUACGCUGGUUCAGCGAGGCUGCCGCCCAACACGAAAGGACCACAGGGUCAGUAUCUGGGUGUGAGUUUGCUCCACUGGGUCUGUGUGGUCACGUCAACUGUUGUCUACACACCUUACCAUGUGUUGAGCGCUGCAAUUCAAGCAAGGUCUGUCAGUUGAAAAACUCUGGUCAUAACCAUAUACCUAACCCCUAUGUGUCCUUACAGUGGACCUAUGGUCAGAGUGCUACUGUUCAACGCUACAGGAGAGAGAGACUCUGCAGCCAUGCUCAAGCUAUUGGUGGUGAGUACGCUACCCUGGGCUAACUGCCCAACAACGAUAAGUACUACACAUUCAAAAUCGGUGUUUCCCAAUCACAGAUAAUGUUAGCCAAUCCUGAUGUGAUGGUAUCGUCAUAUAUGGACGGCAGGUAACCUAGCGGUUAAGAGCGUUGGGCUAGUAACUUAAAGGUCGCUGGUUCGAAUCCCCAAGUUGACUAAGUGAAAAAUCUGUUGUACCCUUGAGCAAGGCACCUAACCCUAAUUGCUCCUGUAAGUUGCUCUGGAUAAGAGCGUCUGCUAAAUGACUAAAAAGUAAAAAUAUAUGCCAUGUUUGUAGGACAACUGUAACUGAUAGUUUUUUCGCUAUGGGGUUUUCAGCCAUGCCAUUUUGACUUUGCUGUGUUCUGCCCCAACAUCACAGAGGCCAUUGCAUCAUGUAACGCAGGUAAGACAGGCAUAACAUACAUGGUGUCUUUGAGUCAGGCUUUCCUGGUUAUUAAUCAACUACUUUGUCAAUGAAUGUGGCUUGACAGUUAGAGCAAACAGUAGCAUAGUAUGACUUGUCUAACAUUGAAGAUAAUUGUUUUGGGUCAUGUUAGUGACGUAGUGAUUCAUCCAAACAUAACUGAAUAGUUCUGCCGUUGUAAUUAUGCGGAGCGACUGGCCAUGAAAUGUCAUUGGUGUAGAUGUGAGCUUGUUCUCACCCCACUGUCAAUGGAAGGGCAAAGGAAACGUUGCUGAGUUAACAUGGUGUCCAAGCCAGCAAACAUUUCAUAACUCUAUUGGCCCAAGUGUUGAUUUUAUGUUCUGGCUAUUAAUGUUUGAAAAGUGAAAAUAAAAUAACUUUCUAUUAAUAAAAUAAUAGUUCUGCAUGUGAUUUCCCUUUCUUUAAAGGUACAAUCUACCAUAUUUACUGGCGUUCAAUGGCCAUUUAAAUUAUACCCAUUUGAUAGCAUAGUAACAUUGUGUAACCCCCCCCCCCCCCCAACGCCUUCCCGCUCUCCUCUCAGACCAACAAAACUUCAACGUCUCCGUGGAAAACAUGCUCACCCGUUGCCUGGACAACCAGAGGAGCUGGCGCCUGCUCAACGGCCAGGAGGAGAAGCCCGGCGCCCAGUUGCUCAUCUCCCGCGACGCGCUCCCCCUGGUGGCAACCGAGCGCUGCAGCAAAACCCUUGUCUUCCCCUGCAUCCUCAGCGCCCUCCAGUGGCUCAGCCAGGGCAGGGACUCGGUCUUGGCACACCCGGACAAGAGGGUCAUCCCUGUCAAGCCCAGCGUGACGGCCAAAGCCGCUCCACUAAGAGAUGCCACUGGCAUCCACGUCCUCGUCGCUGGAAGCCUCCAUCUGGUCGGGGGCGUCCUGAAACACCUCGACCCUUCCUUUGCCUCUUAAAGGGACGGUUCUGUCAGAACGGCAAUAGAUCAGAUUGGCUUGGUUUGUCUGGUAAGGGCAAAAGCAGAAUCAAGAAGAAACCCUCUCUGGAGAGAGAGCUAAAUGCUGGGAUAUCAUACAGCCUAAGGGAAAGCUUAUGUUGGCUAUGCUUACUGGCAGGUAAUCAAGUUUGUACCAGGCAACAGGGUUUUGUGUCACCCCCAGUCCUUGGUAAGUCUAAUAGAAAUUGUCAAUGCCAUAACCAUCUAUUUCUAUUGAUAAGUAGAGGGCUCUGGCCAAUACAAGUUCAUGUCAAAUGUUUUAGCCAGUACCACAUAGAGCCUUACUGAGGAUCACACAUGUCACACAAGCAUAUAUAUUUAUGCCGGGUCACCUCUUUGUGUCUAGGAUAAACAGUCAGUCGCUGGGCAAGAACUCAGUCUGUUCCUCCCUCCUAUUGAUGUUAGCCUGAGUCCAGAACCUUUGUGGGCAGGUGUGUGUGUGAGAGCGAGACUACAGUCUCUAACACACACUCUAGCCCCCCCCACCCCCGCUGCAAUACAACUCCAGUUCCAACAUCAUUUACGUCAUUUAGCACACGCUCUUAUCCAGAGCGACUUA